UGCAGCUGGCACCAGGUAGAGAGAAAGAAAAAGAGGAGAAACUAAAUUGUGUGAGAAUCGGACGCGAGAGUCGGACGCGGGGUUGGGUCUUCUUUCCUCCUUUCUUCACUGACCGCCAAAGACUGUAAUCAAAAUUCCUCUCUCACAAUUACUAGCAAAUUAUAUAAACAAACACAACCUCUCAAUCCUCUCUCUCUUUCUGUUUUGUCUCUCCAAUUUUCAUCAUUUCUUUGUUGUAAUUGGAGAGACCCACAUUGUGACCCACAAAGCCAAAAAAAAAAACAACACACUGAUUAGGGGAUGAUGCAUAGGCCAAACGAUCAUCGCUCAAGAUCUGCCAAGCCGCUCACCAUUCAUGGCUACGCUCAGUCUGGUGACCUUCUUGGCUUUCAGAGGCUACUCCGUGACAACCCCUCUCUUCUCAACGACACAAACCCCGUUAUGGCACAGACACCACUUCAUGUUUCUGCUGGUUACAACAGGGCUGAGAUAGUUCAAUUUCUUCUUGAUUGGCAAGGGCCAGGAAAGGUCGAGUUGGAAGCCAAGAACAUGUACGGAGAAACUCCAUUGCACAUGGCAGCAAAGAAUGGGUGCAGUGAUGCUGCACGGUUGCUUCUAGCUCAUGGUGCUCUUAUUGAAUCCAAAGCAAAUAAUGGAAUGACACCAUUACACCUUGCUGUUUGGUACUCACUUCGAGCUGAAGACUGCUCUACUGUCAAGACAUUGCUCGAGUACAAUGCUGACUGUAGUGCUAAGGAUAAUGAGGGCAUGACACCUCUGAAUCAUCUCGCACAAGGCCCUGGAAGUGAAAAGUUGCAGAAACUAUUGCACUGGCAUCUUGAAGAGCAGCGAAAGAGAAAAGCAAUUGAAGCAUGCAGUGAAACUAAAGCUAAGAUGGAUGAACUUGAAAAUGAAAUAUCAAAUGUAGUAGGUUUGCAUGAGCUCAAAGUACAACUACGUAAAUGGGCAAAGGGGAUGCUUUUGGAUGAGAGGCGUAGGGCCCUUGGGCUGAAAGUUGGUGCUAGAAGAUCCCCACAUAUGGCGUUCCUUGGCAAUCCUGGAACAGGUAAGACUAUGGUAGCUCGAAUCCUUGGAAAAUUACUCCAUAUGGUGGGAAUUUUACCAACUGACAAGGUAACAGAAGUACAGCGGACUGAUUUGGUUGGAGAAUUUGUUGGUCAUACUGGGCCAAAAACUAGGAGGAAGAUUAAAGACGCAGAGGGAGGAAUUCUUUUUGUGGAUGAAGCAUAUCGACUGAUACCUAUGCAGAAGGCAGAUGAUAAGGACUAUGGAUUGGAAGCCUUAGAAGAGAUCAUGUCUGUCAUGGACAGUGGAAAAGUUGUGGUCAUCUUUGCUGGGUAUAGUGAACCGAUGAAGCGUGUCAUUGCUUCUAACGAAGGUUUCUGCAGACGGGUGACUAAAUUUUUCUAUUUUAACGACUUCAGUUCAGAAGAAUUAGCCAAGAUUCUCCAUAUCAAGAUGAAUAAUCAAGCAGAGGAGAGCUCAUUGUAUGGAUUUAAGUUACACACUUCUUGUACUGAAGAAGCCGUGGCAGCACUGAUAGAGAGUGAAACAACGGAAAAGCAGCGUAAGGAGAUGAAUGGUGGUUUAGUGGAUCCAAUGCUAGUUAAUGCUAGAGAAAAUUUGGACCUGAGGCUCUCUUUUGAUUGUAUAGACACAGAUGAAAUUCAGACAAUUACCCUAGAAGAUUUAGAAGCUGGUCUACAUCUGUUAUCACGAGUGUCAUAGUCUUGGAUAAACUAUGACAAGAACUCAGCAAGCAUUCUUUUGGCAGCCUAUUAGGACUUCUUCAAAUUGAAUUAGGAAGAUUUUUAUCCAUACGUCUUUCCCUUAUUUGCACCAUCUUGUAAGGAUUAGCUGCAGUUACUGUCAAAAGAUGUUGAAGCAGGCAUGAGUAGCACUGAUAGCUGGUGGGCCUAUUUCCAAUGAAUUGGUUUAAUAUCCUUUUCUUUGUAAUUGAAAACUUCACGGCAUCUGUCAAUGGUGCAUGAAAUCUUUGCUGGGUGGGGUUCUAUUAAAUUCAUUAUUUUGAUUGA